UCGCUCUUACCGUCCGUUCGCUUAACAAUCUAAAAGAGGUUUCAAGCGUUUCGCAAUUGCUUCCCCAUGGCGGCGGGAGAAGGCGGCGGCGGGGGGCUUCUGGUGAGUUCGAAGGCGGAGCUGAAGCGGAAGGAGAAACAGACUAAGAAAGCAAAGUCAGGCGGUUUCGAGUCGCUGGGGUUGAGCCCUAAUGUGUUCAGAGGCAUCAAGCGCAAGGGUUACAGAGUCCCCACGCCGAUCCAGCGCAAGACGAUGCCGCCUAUUAUCGCUGGAGCAGACGUCGUUGCCAUGGCUCGCACAGGCUCCGGGAAAACGGCUGCGUUCCUGGUCCCCAUGCUCCAGAAGCUUCAUCAACACGUCCCUCAGUCCGGCGGAGUUAGGGCUCUUAUUCUAUCCCCCACUCGUGACUUGGCGCUACAGACCUUCAAGUUCACCAAAGAACUUGGCCGUUUCACAGAUCUUCGGGUUAGUUUACUGGUUGGUGGUGAUAGCAUGGAAAGUCAGUUUGAAGAAUUGGCUCAGAAUCCUGAUAUCAUAAUUGCAACCCCUGGUAGGCUUAUGCAUCAUUUGUCUGAGAUUGAGGAUAUGUCAUUGCGUACAGUGGAGUAUGUUGUUUUCGAUGAAGCUGAUUGUCUCUUUAGCAUGGGCUUUGCUGAACAGUUGCAUAAAAUCCUCGCCCAGCUUAGUGAGAAUCGACAAACCCUUCUUUUCAGCGCUACCUUACCCAGUGCCCUUGCCGAGUUUGCAAAGGCUGGUCUGCGUGAUCCUCAUCUUGUGCGACUUGAUCUAGAGACCAGGAUUAGCCCUGACUUGAAGCUUACCUUUUUCACUCUCCGUCAGGAAGAAAAAUAUGCUGCAUUAUUGUAUCUGAUAAGAGAACAAAUCAGUUCUGAUCAACAAACAUUGAUUUUUGUUUCCACCAAACAUCAUGUGGAGUUUCUUAAUGUUUUAUUUAGAGCAGAGGGUAUUGAGCCCUCUGUAUGUUAUGGCGAUAUGGACCAAGAUGCUCGCAAGAUUCAUAUAUCAAGAUUUAGGGCCAGAAAGACUAUGUUGCUGAUUGUCACUGAUGUUGCUGCUAGGGGUAUUGACAUCCCAUUGCUUGAUAAUGUCAUUAACUGGGAUUUCCCGCCCAAACCUAAACUUUUUGUCCAUCGAGUAGGGCGAGCUGCACGAGCAGGUCGGACUGGAACUGCAUUUUCUUUUGUCACAUCAGAAGAUAUGCCUUACCUUUUAGAUCUUCAUCUCUUUCUCUCAAAGCCAAUCCGAGCUGCUCCAACUGAAGAGGAGGUUUUAGAAGAUAUGGAUGGAGUAAUCUCCAAAAUUGAUCAGGCAAUUGCGAAUGGAGAAACUGUCUAUGGGCGUUUCCCUCAAACAGUUGUAGAUCUUGUUUCUGAUAGAGUUCGUGAAAUUAUUGAUUCGUCUGCCGAACUGACUUCUUUGCAGAAAGCUUGUACAAAUGCAUUUCGCUUAUAUUCAAAGACAAAACCAGUACCAUCAAGGGAGUCUAUUAAAAGAGCAAAGGAUUUACCACAUGAGGGGUUGCAUCCAAUUUUCAAAAAUAUGCUAGGUGGCAAUGAGCUAACUGCACUGGCUUUUUCAGAACGGUUGAAAGCCUUCAGACCCAAGCAGACUAUUUUGGAAGCUGAAGGUGCAGCGGUGAACUCAAAGCAUAUGAAAGGCCCUUCUAGUCAAUGGGUUGAUGUUAUGAAGAAGAAAAGAGCUAUUCAUGAGGAGAUAAUUAAUCUGGUACACCAGCGACACACUAACAAUCAAGUGGUAAAGGAAGCAGAGCCUGAAAUCACUUCUUCAAAGAAAAAAGAAAAAAAGGGUCCAUUUUCUGGGUCUAAAAGGAAGGCAAGAACCUUCAAGGAUGAGGAAUACUUUAUAAGUGCAAUACCAACAAAUCACCAUUUAGAGGCAGGACUCUCUGUAAGAGCUAAUGAAGGAUUUGAAUCAAACAGGUUGGAAGCUGCUGUACUGGAUCUAGUGGCAGAUGAUAAUGGGGGCUUGCGGAAACAAAAAUCUAGAUACCACUGGGAUAAGAGGAGUAAGAAGUAUAUCAAGUUAAAUAAUGGGGAACACGUGACAGCUAGUGGAAAGAUAAAGACAGAGAGUGGGGAGAAAGUCAAAGCCAAAAAAACUGGAAUAUACAAGAGGUGGAAAGAGAGGUCACACAACAAAAUCUCUCUUAAAGGAACCAAUAGUGAGGGCAAUGCUGAAGAAGCUACGGGUUUAGCAGGAGGUAAUGGAUUACGAAGAGACAACAGAAGCAUCAGGGGCGGUAAGAAGUAUCGAUCAGUACCCAAUGCUCAUGUCCGUUCAGAAAUUAAAGAUGUAGAACAAGUUCGCAAGGAAAGGCAGAAAAAGUCAAACAGAAUUUCUUAUAUGAAGAGCAAAUCCAAGGGAAAGAAGUUCAGUAGAAGUGGUAAAAAAGGGAAGACAAAUAGGGAUAGGUGAGGCCUUUCCACUCUCUUCUCAAGUUUCGUUUCUAUAGCUCCACAGAUGCCUGUUUUCGUCAAGCACAUCACCAGCAAUUUGCUUAACUCAGGCCAUUGUCUCUCUCUCUUUAUGGGUUGUGCCAUGGAUUAAGAUACUUCGUUUUGCUGCUAUAAUUUCUAACUUACGAGCGCAGGUAAUUUAGUUGUCCAAUGAUUGAAGCUGCUUCCUUUCAUAAACAAAAUCAGCCAAGUAAUGGUCUGUAGUUUCAAAUGUACUGUUUGUUAAAAGAUUAUCAACGAGAGGUGAAUACAGAUAACCCCAACCCAAAAUUAAAUAAAAAUUGUGUGGAAUGCCAGACGAGUGGACAAAAUCCACGUCUGCCCUCGUGCUCUCAUCCAGUGGGGUGAUGGUUCAUUAACUCUA